AGGAUACAGUUUUAUUUCAUAAUACUAUAUUCUAUAAUCUUCAAUAUGGUAAUUUGAAUGCAACUGCAGAAGAAGUCUACGAGGCAGCUCGUUUAGCAAAUAUAGCCAAUGCAAUUAAACGUAUGCCACAUGGAUAUGAUACACAAGUUGGCGAACGUGGAUUAAAAUUGAGCGGUGGUGAGAAACAACGAAUAGCAAUAGCUAGAGCUUUGUUGAAAAAAGCUCCAAUUUUAAUUUAUGAUGAAGCAACAUCAUCACUAGAUUCAAUCACUGAACAUACUAUUCUUCAACGAUUAACAGAAGUUACACCUGGUGUUACAUCACUUGUCAUUGCACAUCGAUUAAGUACAAUUAUUGAUGCUGAUGAAAUUUUAGUUUUACAAAAUGGUCAUGUAUCUGAACGUGGUACACAUUCAAGUCUAUUAUCACAAUCAGAUUCAUACUAUAGAAAACUUUGGGAUCAACAACGUCAUGGAAUUUUACCUACUACUAAUACUACUACUAUAGGAGAUAAUAAUAAUAAUAAUAAUAAAAUCAAUGAUGUUGAUCAAACAUUUAAUUCAGACAAUCAAGAGACAAACACUUCCUGAAGGCACUAUACAUAUAUAUAUACAUACUUACAUAGAGAGAGAGAGAAAGAGUAGAUGAAACUUUUUUCUGAAUUUUGUAGUAUUUUCUCAUUCACUGCUACACUUGUUCAAUAUAUUAUAUAGUUUCAUUGUGUGUAUGAUUUUUUUUCAAUUUGUUUUCUCCUGACUUUUUCAUUAUAAAUACUUGAGAAGAAUUUUCACAUCUUAAAAAGUUUUUUAACAAAUAAUGUAAUAACAUGUUGUAUACGAUUUAUUUUUCAUGACUGUUUUGUAAAAAAAACAAACAAGAUAAA